AUAUGCUCAGGCCAUUUGUGGUUAAUUAUAUGUUUGACAGAUUUUUAAAAAGAAUUCAAGUGACCAAAAUAUUUAUUUUGUAUUUUUCAUUCUCGAAAAUAAGGACCCAAAACAAGAUUCAUAACAUGUAUGAACUAGGCAAGAUAAAAACUGUUUGAUUAGGGAGUUUCUGUAAAUGAAAGUAGGCACCAAUAAACAUACAAAUUAUUUGUAAGAGCCUUACCGGUUUAUUACAUGGAGUGAUUUACAUAUAAUCUCACAUAACAAUAGAAAGCACUGGCUUUAGAAUUGUACAGAAGCAAGUGCAAGACCAGUCUACAGUGUGGAUAGCUUUUGACCAGUAUUGAAGAUGUUGUCUGUAAAUUGUGUCUGUGUGCUAUGGGUUGCCAGUCUGGUAAUGUUUGCCAAUGCCCAGGAUGAUUUUACAGAACUGCAGAGUGACAACUUUGUGUGGAGACGCUACCCUAACAAAUAUCUCAGUGGAAACAAUGAUAUCGUUAUCACUGAUUCCUCUCUUGAAGAUUGCUUGAAGAGAUGUGCAGAAGACUCAGAGUGCAACAGUUUUGACUAUGUUGAGUCACAGGGCAAAUGUAUGUUCACUAUAAUCAGUCUUGCCAAUGGUGGACAACUAGGAGGCUCAACAGUGGUAGACUACUACCAGAAGAUGGAAGCCUUUGUACGUCCUACUGAGCCCCCAACUGAAGCCCCUACUGAGGCCCCAACUGAGGCUCCCACUGAAGCCCCUACUGAGGCUCCCACUGCAGCCCCAACACAGGGCCAAGAUCCCGGCCCAGAGAGAACUGAAGACUACACAGAGGAAGUCGUUAGAUAUGGUGAAUACUACUACACAAAGAUUCCCGGGCAUUACCUCAUUGGCUACAACACGUUGACUGUAAACAAUGUCGAGAUUGAGCAAUGUCUCCAGCUAUGUAGAAAAUCUGUAACUUUUUAUGGAUUUGAAUGUAAAUCAGUUGAUUACGUCUCCGCUGAGAUGACUUGUAUCUUGAGCGACUCAAGCAGAGAUAAUGAUUCUGGAAUGGGGAAAGAUGAGAGCAUUGACUAUUACGAGAGUUAUACUUUUGUUCCUGAUGAUGGUGAAGAUGAUCCUAAAGAUGUUCCCCAUAUUACACUGGAAGUCUCUGACUUAGUCACUGGCCGCCCCGUCAUUGGAGUCGAAGUGAGGCUUUACAAAUUUGACCAGAAUGAAACAGCUGAAACUGGAGAUCGAAAAUAUGCCUUUUUGAAACAAGUGCUGACUGAUGGGGAUGGGGAGGCUGACAGCUUCUUCAGUACUGAGAGUGACUUCGAGGCUGGCAUGUACCUGUUGAGAGUAGAGAGUGGUGGCUACUAUAGCAAUAAGAACAUUGCAACUUUCUACACACACAUUGAUGUCACAUUUGAGGUGAAGAGCAACUUAAAGGCCUAUGAAGUAAACAUCAAUCUUGCCCCAUAUGGCUACUCCACCACUGGGGCUAUUGCAACAUAGAUGCCCAGCCCCAGGGGCACUCCGUUCACGUGGACAUAGGGCGCCAUCUUUUGGAAUGAUAGUCUGAGGGAUAUAGAAAAAGCAGAUAAAGCUGGUGACUCUAGAAUAUGUGAACAGUUUUGCAACCUUUAUUUCAACACAGUAGAAAAGUUGUUCAAAUGUGACAACCAGCUCAUUCAUUUUCCAACAUCAGUAAAACUUCCAGGGAGAUCAAUAAGCAUUUCAUGGGAUACAGCUUUAUCCACUUGGAGAUAUGAACAGGUGUGUAACUCUCUUUUAUUGUGUUGAAAGUUUUGGUUUGCAACAAUAAGUGUCUUCUACAUCCAACACUACCCAUCAACGUCUUUCAAAUCACUGAGUGAUACAAUUUGUACAUACGUUUUUAAGAUAAACCAUGGCUCAGGAAUUAACAUACUAGAUUAGUACUUGUUUGGUAUAUUCAUCCCUGACCAUGGU